UCCUCUCCUCUCCUCUCCUCUCCUAAAUCCUGUCUUCCUCCUCUUCCUUUCUCUCUCCUUUCACAUUGUAUAUCCUCAAUUCCGAAUACUUCAAUUUAUCUUGCCUUCAUCUGCUUGCUUAUUUCCAUCUUUAAAGGCCUCGGAAGUCAGCUCAUCAAGUUCAAGCAUUACCCCUCCAACUCCACUUGAAUCUAACCGUAUCACCCCGUCAAGCUCAGACCAGCCAGCUUAUUCAACAGCUCAGUCGUAAACAAUCAAUCAAAAGUAUCAACAGGCCGCAUAUGAAAACACAUCACUUUUUUUGGCUCAUAGUCUUUGAUUAAAUUAAGAAGGACUUUUCCUACGGCCUCGAGCGUAUCAUCGCUCGUAGGUUUUGUUACCAAACAUGGCACCUAUUCCACUUUCUGUAUUCUCGGGGAUUUCGACCAUAUCGAGGGAUAUUUCGCAUUCGGCUUCGUUGACCUCGAGAACGACAACACUCCUAAAGCCAAUCUCUACAUUUCUCCAACCCACAAAUGCCGAACUUCCUUCUCCUUCGAAUUUUGCGAAAAUUUUGACUCGUCUAAUAUCACGACAAGCUACAAGUAGUGACCCUAGCGUAAUUCCCACCACAUAUGGAGAGCAGAACAACUCUUCAUCGCCUGGUACAAUCGUCGGCAUAGUUUUAGGCUCGGUUGGAGGCUUUCUGCUCCUUCUCUGGCUCUUAUAUACAUGCUCCACCAUGAGACGUUCAGCUGCGGAGUCUACCUUUACUGAAGAUGUAACUUUCCACGAGAAUUCACGGCGGAGAUCUCAUAACUCGCGCAGGAGUUCGAGACCCCAUAGUCGAAGGGUGAGCGCCACUGAGAAAGUCGAGAUUAGGCGUCAACGCAGUCGAAGUCCCACUCCUGUUCGAGUGGUGAGGGAGGAAGUGCGACAAGAAGUGAGGAGACCUCCACCUGUCGAGAGAGUUGUUGUUGAAGAGAGAAGGGAAGUAAGAAGGAGUAGGGACGAGAGAAGUUCGGGUACAAGUGGCGGGAACAGUGAUGAGGUUGUGGUAAUUGAAGAACAUGAUCCACCGAGGAGGUCAAAGAGUAAGAGGGAGAGGAGGAACAGUGGAUUUCGAACAGUGGACCCAUUGAGCGUUGGGGGUAUCGUUGGUGGAGAAGGUAGGAGAGGCGAACGGAGGAGGUAAUACCCUGGAUUGUAAAAGAAACACUGGAGUUGAGGUUGAAGUUUCGGGGUAAUGGAGGGUAUGAGGAGUUGGCAAAAUUACUUUGCAUGAAAGAUAUAAACACGAAAGAGCAGACCUUUCGACCAUCUCCUUUCGAAAGACUUACAGAACGGGGGCAUCUCGCCGUAUUUUGGACCGACCAUCAUAAUUACCUCGAGGUCAUGGUUAUUUGAAUCGCAUUUCAUUGUACGAGCUUAAUGGUGGACGACUAUACGAAGCGCUAAUUGGACAUGGCUGGAAUCUUGAUGAAUAUACGGGAAAUGACGUAUGGAGGGAAUCUGUAUGUAGCAUUAACGACGAGAUUUUUUACGAAUUUCAGGAGGAGCCAUGUAGGAUUGAUGUGCACAUGUAAGUAAACGAAAGAGCAUUUUAAUCCCACAUUUUCCGCAUCCCUCCCCUUAUUUAUUAGCCGUGAUCCGUCGGUAAAUUCCUAUACCGCAAGCAAAUCCCGCUUCUAACCCCCAUUUACAAACAGAUUGAUCGUCAAGCUCUGCCACCAAGAAAUGAACAGUACUCCGUAUGCGUAUCUGCGGUCAUACCCGUACUUAUUCCUAGUAGAAUUCCAGGCCUCAAGUAUUGAAAUUGCGAUGUCGGGCGUGUCAGCUUGCAUUCGCUAA